UGGUGUGGAAAGGCGGACCGCGGCGGCAGGUCGGAAUUCACCGGGAGGCGGGAACACAGAACAGAAAGAAACACCUUACAGCUUAGAGUGAAAGAAGACGCUCUCCUAUGGCAUCUGACUGACAAAUUAAACCUCAUUGGUAUUGGUUGUGCAAGUGGCAGAGAGGGAGAGAGUUGGGAAUAUUAAAUAUGGCCGGAAAGUCUCUGCACUUUUUCGUGUUCGUAAUUUGCGCGAUUCAAACGAACACCGGAUUUAACAUUGACGUGCAGUUCCCGGUUAUCAAAGAAGGAAAAACCAAGGGCAGUUUAUUCGGAUUUUCAGUGGCACUGCACAAACAGACAGACAAGACGAAGAAGAACUUGCUGUUAGUCGGAGCCCCUCAAGAAAAAGCCCAGCCUCAACUCAGUAAAUUCAAAAUUAAUGAAACCGGAGCCGUGUAUUAUUGUCCCAUCACUAUUAACCAGGAUGACUGCGGGAGUAUGGACCUCAUCAGUCCACCAAAGUCGACGGAUAUGCUGGAGGGAAUGUGGCUAGGAGUGACUGUGGCCAGUCAGAGGAAGGGAGGACGUGUGCUGGCAUGUGGUCAUCGAUAUGUCAAAAAACUGCUGGGCGCAGAAGAGCAGCAGCGAAUGGUGGGUAAAUGCUACGUGCGGGGCAAUGACCUGAGCUACGACCCGUCGGAUUACUGGCAGUCAGAAACUUACGAGCUGUGCGACUUCAACUACGACCAGAACCUGGAGGGCAUGUGUAACAUGGGUAUAUCAGGAGGCAUGACGGAGAAAGACGUGUAUUUUGGGACACCAGGCAGCUUCACGUGGCAGGGCACCGUCCAUAUGAAGUGCAGAGACACAGACUCUGAUUUCGCUGGCGAUGCCAAUGAGAGAAGCUUUGGUAAACUGGGUGAGGACAAGUUCAACAUCUACAUAGGUUACUCUGUGCUGGAGGACAUAAAGUUACUGGAUCGCUCUGUGUUCACUGUGGUGACGGGGGCUCCCAGAGAUGAAUUCAAGGGUUCAGUGAUCCUGGCCGAAAAACAAGACUUGAUACUCAACCCGCUGAUGACGAUCACAGGGGAACAAAUAGGGUCGUACUUUGGCAGCUGCCUGGCAGUAACAGACCUCAACAAUGACGAUUGGAAUGACCUGAUCGUCGGAGCGCCAUUUUAUUUCGACCGCUAUAAGGAGGAAGGAGGCGCUGUUUACAUCUUUAUGAAUGAAAACGGAUCCUUCCAAAAAAAAGCCAGCCUAGUUCUGAAGGGUAAAAAGGGUUCUGGUUUUGGGUUUGCUGUCGCUGCGGUGGGAGACGUCAAUCAGGAUGGUUUUCAAGAUAUUGCUGUCGGCGCUCCAUUCCAGGACUCUGGAAAAGUCUACAUAUGGAUGGGAAGUAAAAGUGGAAUAACUAAAGAACCCAGCCAGGUGAUCGAGGGGAAGUCAUUGGGUCCCAGUGGUUUUCAGACAUUUGGUUAUUCUCUCAGUGGAGGAAUGGAUAUGGAUGGAAAUGAUUAUCCAGAUAUUUUGGUGGGAUCGUUGGAUGACCGCAUCGCACUCUUGAGGUCUCGUCCAGUCAUUCAUCUCUCCAAAAACUUCACCGUGGAGCCAAAGAUUGUGAUUCCCAGCCAGUGUGGUAAUUCCUGCAUAAAGGUAAGGGUGUGCUUCGGUUACACUCUGAGCAAUGGAAACAGCGGCAACAGGAAGGACAUCACUGUAAAGUUCACAAUAGAUGCUGACCAGAAUCGCAGAGGUCCUCGAGUGCGCUUUAUAGACAACAAGCAAAGCACAUUUACAGGCCUUCUGUCUUUCUCUGCUUCUGCCUGUCAAGAGCUGGAGCUCAGUGUUAAUAAUCCAGUCACGGACAAACUUCAGCCCAUAGUGUUCAGUCUGAACGUGUCUCUGAAUCAGCAGAAAGCAGCAGCGCAGCAAACAUUACAGAGUCUGGAUUCUUUCCCUGUGCUGAGCGGACAGCAGAUCCUCACCGACAAAACUGAGAUUAAUUUCCACAAGGAGUGUGGAGAUGAUAACCGGUGUAGCAGUAACCUGCAGCUCAAGGCCAGGUUUGCAGAUGAAAACUACAAUCCCUUCCCCAGCCAGACACUGGAGUUCAGCAGUAAUGUGAAGAAGCUGGUGCUGAUGGUGGAGGUCUCCAACACAGCGGAUGAGAACAGACAGGCAGAGGACGCUCAUCAGGCCUCGCUUAACAUCUCCAUUCCUCACUCGCUUAAAUACUCAGGCGUUCGUCCUCAGGCUGGUUUUGAUAUGGAGUGCAGUGCAGACGAUGCUGUCAUAUGUGAUCUGGGAAACCCAUUUAAGAGCAAUCAGAAGGUCUCAUUUAUAAUCAUCUUUGAGACCUCUGGUAUUACUCUUUACACAGAGCAGAUCCAAUCUCAGCUGCAGCUCUCCACUAUUAGUGAACAAUCGGAUCUGUUUCCUGUUCUUGUCACCCUCAAUGUGAAGAACACCGUCCUCACCACAUUUUCCUUGGAAAAGCUAAUGAUCGACACGUCGUUCAGCGGCAAUGUGAUUGGAGAAUCUGCCAUGAGCAGCACCAGUGAUGUGGGGAGUCCACUGGAGUUUGUGUUUCGUGUGCAGGUGCUGGGAGAACCUCUGGGAGAUCUGGGAACACUUGUGAUUGAUUUUGACUGGCCGUAUGCAGUAGCCAAUGGGAAAUGGCUGCUGUAUCUCACAGAAAUAGUGAUCAAGGGAUCAUCAGAGUCUCGUUGUGUCCCACCGGGGAAUAUCGUCAACUAUCUAAACCUCACACUGUCAAAGGAAGGUACUAAACGAAACAAAAGAGACGUGGAGUCUGGGUUUCCUCACGCUGAAGCUUCUGUCACCGUCCUGGCGACUCGUAAAGUGGCCCAUUUUCUGGACUGUUCAAAGCAGACGGCUCUGUGUCAGACCUUCUCCUGCCCGCUGCUCAACAUGUCCACACAGGCCGAGGUCAGAGUUCGGGCUCGGGUCUGGAACGGCACCUUGCUAGAGGACUACGCCAAAGCCUUGCGAGUGGAAGUAAAGGGACAGGCUACAUUGAGACUGCUGACCGAUAAACCGGCCAUCAAAAUGGACAAGCAAACCAGAGAGUUUUCAGUGAACAUUGACCCGGUGUUGGGAGAAGAGACGCCGUAUGAAGUUCCCCUCUGGAUCAUUAUUGUUGCAGCAGUUGCAGGAAUACUCUUAUUAGGCAUCAUCAGUCUCAUUCUCUGGAAGUGCGGUUUCUUCAGACGGGCCAGCAGGAGAGAGAUGUAUGAGGCCAAAUCCCAGAAAGCAGAAAUAAAGAUCCAGCCCUCUGAGACAGAGAGGCUGACGGAGGAGUUCUGAGCCUGCAUGCAGGGCUCCACCAUUAUAGGGCCCUUCGUGUGGUUUCUUCAAGAGGGCUGUUUACUACAGGAUCAUGCCAAAGUACCACGGUGUGAAAGUCCGCAAAGAGGAACGCUACAACCUGGCCUUCCAGCCCGAGCAAGAACUCAGCAAGAAACUCUGGGUGACCAACUGGACAGAAAUGCAUGAAUUUUACUACUGACAUCUUCACUCUCCCCAUCCAUCCAGAGCCAGGAGGAGCGUGAUGAUUGAACGGUGUUUUAUUAACCCCGCCUCCACUCGACGGACACUGGACAUUGCCGUUACUCAAACGCAGUGAGAACACAUUUGGAAGCGUUUGCUGGUCUGUGUGCAAUACCUUGAUCUGUAGACCAUUAAACUGCUUUCAACAAAGCCAGAUAGUCUGGGAUUGAUAUAAUUUCCUAUUUUAAAAUCUUUAUGAACGUGUAAAUAUGUUUUGUUUUGAAUUUUGUCUAUAUUGUAUGACGUUUCAUUCUGUUUCUUAUGAUAGCUUCUAAUCGAGGUUGCUUUUUUAUAUGUUUUGAGGUCAGUUGUAGUUUAGAGUUGGUCAUUUUUACUCAUCGAUGAAACUGAAUUGAGCGGACGUUUAACUUUCCGUUGAUGAUAUGCGUUCCGUUUGCAUUGAAAUAGCAGUGAAAACUAGAGUAGUCCUACACAGAGUAGCAUUUUAUGGUCAAAACCUGACAAACUCUUUGAAAGAAUGAAGAAAUAGGCUGCGUCCGAAAUCGCCUACUACUCCGUAUGUACUGCAUUUGAAUUUAAAUGUACAACUGUCAGCAGUAUGAGUGGAACUCGCAUGUACUACAUCCGCCAUUUUAUCAUCAUCACAUGAUCUACCCGCGUCAGUUGUUGCUUCACUGCCAUUCAUGAAUUCUCUCAUGGUACAUCAUACGCUUAUUUCACGCUGCCGCCAUUUUAGGAAAACGAAAGCAGGGCUGCGGCAGGAAGAAAUCAAGAAGUAUAGGAUCAGCACUGUAAACAUUGCAACAGCAUGCUGUGGACUACACACCACCAGCUGUUGCCGCGAUUUCAAAAUGUAGAUAUGGUGUAAACAUCACUUUAAUAUCAUUCAGUUAAGUUUAGUUUAAACAAUUAAAAGCAUAUGAGGCAUCAAACAAAAUCACAAUCUCCUUAAGAGUAAUACCCAAUACUGAAUUUUUAAAUUGAAACGCUAACAUUUAAGCACUGUUAAGCGCAUUCUUAAACAGCGCUGGUUUGCCAUAAUGUUCACCAGUGCUCAACAGAAAUGACUGUGAUUGGCCAGUAAUCAGUUCACCGCUCUUCACCGAGUGCAAACACAAAUGCAGGGACACUGGAGCAUAUUAAAGCCGCGAAGAUCAGUCGAUUGCUUGUCUGUUUGCACUCGGUAAACAGCGGUGAAGUGCAUUGAACUGAUAACCUUCACUGCCAGUCAGAGUCAUUUCUGUCAUCAGUCAUCUUGACCAGUCUAUUAUAGUGAAAGAUUCAGUUCAUUAACUUGAGUGUGAUAAAUGGCAUCUAAAACGAGUGGUUGGGAAAGAAAACGUUAGCUAACUAGUGCAUUUUCCCUUAACUGAUAUCAUUUUGUUUUCACUAUUCAUUCAGAACGGACCUUCGGGUCACUCGGAAGGCGGUGAAAUGAUAAAUUUGUGUCACUUUCUCUUUGCUGAUGAGAUGUACAGCUAGGUACUCAUCGUUCCUGUGUGACUCGGGCGAUACUUCCAGGUUUCUUCCCACUGCAGCCCCGAUUUCACUUUUAAAAUGGCGGCCACACAUUUCAGAAUCUCGCCGGAAGUGGUAGGUCAUCUUGGUCUUGGUCUAGGUCAUCACAAACUGUUUUUCGAAUUCUAUGAAUUCGGACAUACUACUCGGCUCGCAUACUGUUUUUAGCAUAUGGAGGUAUGCAAUUUCGGACACAGCUAAUGUCUUUGUUUGCAGUCCAGCUACAGGCUUUUGGUCCAUCUCAUUGUUUGGAAGUGUAACCAUGUUUUGCCUAAAUGUGUUUUGUUGUUGUUGUUUUCAUUAGAUGUGCCAUAAAGCAUUGGUAAUUGGUAAAGCGUUGGUUUUCCAGCAUUGGUGUGAUGUCAGCUUCAACAUCUGACUGUAUAGCUGAUCUGAGGCCAGUCCUGAUGAAACGGUACUCUAGAAAACAGACAUAAUUUCCUGAUUUCUGUUUGUUCUGCUGUUUUUUUUUUUUUUACUUGGAUGCUUAUUUUUUUAAAAUAACCUCCUCCUAUGGAGGAAAAUGACAAUGUCCAACCACAUAGUUUCUAUCAACAUUAGAUGUGUGUGUGUGCUUUUUUCUAUAUCCAUGUAGUACUUAAAAUACAUACUUAAAACGCACACGUAUAUGGUGGUGCAGGACUGUCUGCGCUUUUUUUUACAAUGACAUCGCCAUCUAUUGGCCUGGCGUGUGUAAUGCAGCCUUUUUAGUUGUUUUCGUGGAUCCAUGUGAACGGUUUAACAGCUUUGACAUCUGUACACAACAUUUUUGAAAAACACAAAGAAAAAAAGCUUAUAUUUUAGCUCUGUAACACUUAAAGAGUUUUCCCAAACCUGUUUCUUUCUACUGUUGAACACAAAGGAAAAUAUACUGAAGAAUGUUCCAUAGUAGUUUUUGUCCCAUCUAUGGCUGCCUUUUCCCAGCAUUCUUUAGAAUAUUUUAUUUUGUGUUCAACAAAUAGAAGGAAACACUUAGUGAGUAAAUAGUGAAAAAACUUUCAAUUUGGGGUGAAUUAUCCAUCUAUCAACCUAAACAUAAAGUUCACAAACAUUUACUUACUCACUCGCUAUUCUUUGGCUCAGUCCCUGAUUUAUCAGGAAUAGCCACAGUGGAAUGAACCGCCAAUUACUCUAGCAUAUGUUUUAUGUGGCAGAACAACACAAUCUCACGGCAAUUUGUAACUUUUUGAUUAAGUGGCUAAUUCGUAUGAAUUCGUACGAUCUAAUUCGUACAAUUUAGUACGAUUUGCUCAUCCGCCAAUGACGGUUGGGUUUAGGGGUGGGGUUAGGUGCCACGCCUCCUUUUUAAAAUCGUACAAUUUCGUACGACUGAAUCCAUACGAAUUAUAGCCACUAAACUGUCAAAACGUAAAAUACUUACGUUUUCUCGUGAGAUCAGGCUGGGCAGAACAUACAAAGAACCAAAAAACUUCAAUUACAUGUGAAAAUUUUGGGUUAGAAGUACUGAAAAAGCAUUUUAUAAAAAUAUACUUUAACAAUCUUUGAUUUUUUUUUUUCACUGUAUAAGUAAAAAUCUAAGCGCAAUCAGUCUACACGUGUAUCUAUACACAUACCCACACUUAUUGAGUGAGCCAGUGCCUAUUUUUUUAAUUUUGCUUUGUGGUUUGUUCUCACUUUUUUAGAAAUUUCCAGUUUUAAUGUGUUUAUUUCACCUUUGCUGUAUUUCAUCAUACAUUGGAACCACUACUACUGUAACUGCUCCCCUGUUGGUGCAAACUAUCUCUCCAGUAAAGAAUGUGGAUUUCAUGCUUGAAUAAAUGCUAUAAUUUCUAUAUAAAAAAAUUCAUGUAACGCCAA